AUGCUUUCACCGUGGAUCCGAAAAUAUGUCACGGCCCGGCCAGCACGGCAAGCCAAGUCUCAUAUCAAGACUAAACUUGACCAUUUUGUCGAAACCGGAGAAGUUCGCCGCCUAACACCGACUCAGGAGGAGAGGAAGGGACGCUUUCGGGCACAAAAUAUAAAGCGUUUGGCAGCCAAGUCGAGACCAUCUGCUUCAAAAGUGCUUCUUUUACUUAAGGCAAAGUAUGAUAAUACUCUACUUACCAGUAAGAACACUGAUAUUGAUCUUCAGAAGCUAAAGCCCCAAGACUUGUAUGUCGACUCCACAAAGCUGCUUGAUAUCUUUCAGUCGUUGAUGGAAGUAAAGAAAGUCACCAGGAAACCCAUCGAUGAGAAGAUCAUGCUUACACUUCUUGGAUCGUCUCCCGAACAACUCAAAGACCCAUUUUUGGUUACAAAGGAUGUGUUGAAGUUGCUAGAAAGAGACAACGAUACUGCCCGGGCUAUGCAGUUAUGUCUUAUGGCCAAAGAAAACGGAGAGGUGGGUAUGAAUGCCAUUUUACAGUGGAGUUUAGACCGAGGAGACGUUGAACAAGCUACAAAGUCGUUGAUGAGACGGAAAAAAUGGGGAAUUCCCGCCAACGAACACACCUACAUCCACUAUUUCAGUGGGUUGGCCAAGUGCCAUGAAUGGGGAAAUGUUCCUGAUGACCUUGCUGAUAAAUGUGAAGACAUGUUCACCAAAAUCGAUUUCAAACCUAGCGUGGAGAUCUUCAACGCCUGUCUCUCUUUGCUCGUGAAGAACUUCUCACAGAAUCAGAAACGUGCGUGGGACUUCUUUAACCAGCUUGAAACGCUCCGCAUCCCUCCCACUUGUCAAACUUAUACUAUUUUCCUUAAUGGGUGCAAAAAGUACCAUCAGAGCGAAUGCCUGCUGAUCCGCAAGGAUAUGUCGAUAAAUGCCUCGCAGAGAACAACCCAACUUUUCCAAUCCCAGGCUGAAUUGAUUUCGACUGCCAAAAUGGUGUUGGAGAGAUUGAAGAAGGCUGCCAUUCCCCCAGUUCCACCUACCAGGGAAGAGGCCGAUGCCAAUCCGAAGUUGCUUGAGAAUUACAGAAAGAAAAUCCGUCAAACACUUAUGGAUAUUGAUCCAGUGUUUGCAGCAACGUUUGUUCUGUGCUACAUCAACAACUAUGCUGGAACAACAUAUAGUGCUUCUCAAGGCUCACAUUACGUUUAUCUUCAACAGGGAUUAGCGUAUCUUCAAAUGUGGUGUCCUGAAGUUGAGUCAAUGCUUUAUUUUGUUCUGAAACUGGUUAAUUCUAAGUACGACUCGGAUUCUUCUGUUUAUUUCACCUCUGAUGUUUCAUCAGAGGUGCAGAGACGGACUGAGGCUAGAUUGGAACAUGCCCAUUUGCAGCCGGAAUCUAAUCCUCUUUCCCUCUGUGCUCCAUUGCUGAAGGACCAGGUUAAUCCUUUGGUCAUUUUCCCCCCUCCAGCUUUCUCUUCAAAGAAAACCAAAGCUAUUUUCUCUGGAAAGCAGAAACGCUUAGUAGACUUUGGAAGACCUACGUUUGCCGAUAUUGAGAAGCUAGUGGCACAUCGGAACUAUGUCAGCUCCAAGGGGAAGUACGGAAAGAAACUUCCAGCCCUGAAGCCAAUUUCUUUGGAUCGCAAGUCUACCAUCAAUAAGUUCUUACUUCAGUUAGCUCUUGAUGCAUUGAUCAAGUUAGGACUUCAUAAGGAAUUCUAUUUGGCUAUGUGGUAUGCGCUCACCAAAUGGGGUGGUCUUUAUUUGAGUCGUACUGGUCUCCUGGAGAAAACUAGGGAUAAACUCACAUGUGGAGCACUUCCUCCUUCUGAGUAUCCUGUUAUGACGAAACCAGAACAGCCAGAGGAGAGAAUAACUGGAAAGAAAAAUGUGGUGGAAUCUGUAGAGCCAGAGCAGGAAAAGAUAGAGAAAACUGAUUCAACAGAGCAAACUGACGUGGAACAAGCAACCUUAUCUUUCCACGAGAAGCUCAGACUCACCCCCACCCAUGACGAGAAGAUCAUCGACGCUUUAUUGGUGGAAAACUUCAUUUACAAGAUUGAAGAGAACUUUAAUCAUUCUGAUGUUCCUGUUCGUUAUGCUGUUGAGCUCGUCGCUGCCAUGGUUAGUGAAACCACCAAUAUCUCUAAAACUCUUGUUCCUCGAGACAAGACCUUUGACUACAUUUUCUCCAUUCUCAACAGAGAUGUACAUCUCUACAAUGAUAAGAAUGUGCACAAGGGGGCUGUAGCCAACCGCAGAAAAGGAAUACGAGACAAUACCGCUAAAAGAUCACUAACUGCUCAGCAAUUGCGUGAUCUUUUGGAUCCACUCCUGGUUCUCAUAGACUCUAUCAUGGUCCAUGAGGGCCGAGUGUAUUCCAAGUCUCAGAACAGAAAAUCACUCAUGCUGAACCGAUUCGUGGAGUCAUACAACUCGCUCAUCAAAAACCUUUACGGCAUUACUUGGAGCGAUGCUCCCGAGAACGGCGCAAUUGCUGUGGAGUUGCACAAGAAGAUUCUCCACUCUGGAAUUCUAUUUUACAGACCCAAGACAUUGAUCGAUCCUCGCGACAAGAUUGUCCAUACUGAGAUUGUUGAGCACUCUAUGGAAUAUGUCUACAAGCAUCUCAAAGCCAACUCCCAGCUAGAUUCUAAGGAUAAGAAACUCAUGCUUACACUCCGGUCAUUAUUCCAGCUCGAUGCAUCGUCUUCCGAAGCUCUUGAAUUGCUUAAUUCACUUCAGUGGAAAAUUUACCACCUUUCCACCUAA